AUGGACAGUUCAAAUUAUGUUCAAACUCAAUUACAACAACAAGGUACUGUGAACCAAAAUCAUAUGAAGAUGAAUGAAUCUGAAUUACUAUCAAUUUUGUGUAAUUCCAUAUGGGAUAGUGUUCAUGUUGAUAAGAAUUACUUUGAGAGCAAUGGACAGCCGGAUAUCAAUAUUUUCAUUUCUCUAUUUCAUCAGCCAUGUGAUCUCAACUCACUGCGUUCCAAAGCAAAGAAAAACAGCAACCUCUCGAAAGAUGCAACAAGUGUACUCAAGGAGUGGUUCAUUAAUAAUCUAGUCAAACCAUACCCAACUCAAUCAGAGAAAGAAGAGCUUGCCUCUCAAUCCGGACUCACUGUUGCUCAAGUCUCCAAUUGGUUCAUCAAUUCACGUCGCCGUAAUCUAGAUCGUCUUAGAAAACAAUAUAAUGUUGUAGUAUCCGAUAAGAAAUAG